AUGGAUCCCUGGUUUUGGCCAUCAGAUACUAACAGCUUUCGACGUUUCACACAUGAGUCUUUGGCAGCAAUCGAGGAAAGAAUUGCUAAGAAAAAAAAGCAGCAAGGAAAAGUUAACCGGGAGAAUAAGGACCAAGGAGUUGAGGAAAAUAAACUUACUCCUCAGCUUGAUCUGAAAACCUGCAAAAAACUGCCAUCUCUGUAUGGGGAUAUUCCUGUGGAGCUCAUUGGGGAACCCCUGGAAGAUUUUGAUCCAUACUACAGUGAUCACAAGACUUUUAUGGUGAUAAAUAAAAGGAGGACUAUUUUCCGGUUUACUGCCACACCUGCCUUGUGUAUAUUUGGUCCUUUUAAUCCAGUCAGAAGAGUAGCAAUUAAAAUUCUGAUCCAUAUAUUAUUUGUUGGCUUUAUUACGUGUACUGUGGUACUCAAUUGUGCUACCAUGGCUGUAAGUAAACUUCCAGAUGAACUCAACUGGACUGAAUAUUUUUUUACUGCUGUAUAUACUGGUGAAAUAUUGAUAAAAGUAGUAGCAAGAGGGUUGGUUUGGAAUGAAUUUACCUUUCUUCGAGAUCCAUGGAACUGCUUGGAUCUUGUCGUUAUUGUCAUAACGUACAUUACUAUGUGCAAAAGUACAGCCAAGAUUUCAGCUCUUCGAACUUUCCGGGUACUGAGGACUUUGAAAGCCAUUUCAGUCAUACCAGGUCUGAAAGUCAUCGUAAAUUCACUUAUUGAAUCUGUGAAGAAACUUUCUGAUGUGUUGAUCUUGACUGUUUUUUGCUUGAGUAUAUUUGCUCUAAUAGGCCUCCAGCUUUUUAUGGGCCAUUUGAAAUACAAAUGUGUCCUCAGUAACGUUACGUACAACGACACGUUAUGUAAGGAUGCCAAGAUAUAUGUUGCAAAUGCUCAAGAUAUCUGCUACAGAAUGAAUAAAUCUUCUGACAUAUUGCUCUGUGGGUUCAGUUCAAAUCCUCAGACAGAGUGCCCAGAGAACUAUAGCUGCAAGAAGGUUGGGAGGAAUCCUGACUUUGGUUAUACGAGUUUUGAUAAUUUUGGCUGGGCCUUCCUUUCUUUAUUCCGUCUGAUGACACAGGAUUCCUGGGAGCGUCUCUACAGACAAACUAUCCGUACAUCUGGAAUGAGCAGCAUUUUGUUUUUUCUGGCAGUCAUCUUUUUAUGCUCAUUUUAUCUCUUCAAUCUGAUCUUGGCUGUGGUAACUAUGGCAUAUGACGAGCAAAACAGAGCCACUCUUGCUGAAACAGAGGCAAAGGAAAAAUUACUUCAGGAUGCCAAACAAGUUCUAGAGAAAGAACAGAUGUUGGCUGCUGGAGAGGGUAAUAAGGCUUUACAUGUCAUCUCUGAAAUGUCAGAUGCUGAUUUGAACAAUUCAAAAGAAAAAGAGAUGAAGAAAGAAGAACCUAUUUUAAGACAAAGCUUAAUUUUAAGUGAUCAUGGCAAAGAGGAGCAAAUAUUUCAUUCACAGCCUGAUCGCUGCCACAAGAAGCUUAGGCAGAUACUGCUGUCCUAUGAAUUGUCAGUGGACUCUAUUAAUGAUCCUUUUCGAAGGCAGAGGUUAAUGAGUGCGGCCACUGUUAUUACAGAUAAUAUGAAAGAACUGCAAGAGUCAAAACUGAGAUGCCCUUCAUUAUGGAAACCUUUUGCUCAAAAGUACCUAAUUUGGAAUUGUUGUCCGUUAUGGAGAGCAGUCAAAGAGAAAGUGAAAUUGGUAAUUUUGGAUCCAUUUGUUGAUCUCUUAAUCAUGGUUUGCAUUAUCGUGAAUACCAUAUUCAUGGCUCUGGAGUACUCUGACAUACCAUUCAAUAACCAAAUGACUUCUGUAAGUGACAAGGUCUUCACCAUGAUCUUCACAGCAGAAAUGAUCUUCAAAAUUAUCGCUCUAGAUCCUUACAACUAUUUUCAGCAAAAAUGGAAUAUUUUUGAUAGCAUAGUUGUUAUGAUUGGCCUAAUAAGCUUUAAAGAAAAUUUGCCAUCGUUCAGGCUGCUCAGGAUCUUCAAAUUGGCAAAGUCCUGGCCAGCCUUAAAUACUCUUAUGAAAAUAAUUAUAAACUCCGUUGGUGCCCUGGGUAACCUCACUCUGGUUUUGAUCAUCACUGUAUUUAUAUUUGCUGUAGUAGGAAUGCAGGUUUUAGGCAGUUAUUAUGGUACAUAUCAAUGUAAAAUAACAUCCAGUAAGCAUUUACGCUGGCAUAUGAAGGAUUUUUGUCAUUCAUUCCUGAUUAUAUUCCGAAUAUUAUGUGGAGAAUGGAUUGAAACCAUGUGGGAGUGUAUGGAAGUGGCUGGAAAAGAGCUAUGUCUUCCCAUUUUCUUGCUAGUCCUGGUGAUAGGAAACCUGGUGGUGCUCAACCUAUUCAUUGCCUUGCUGCUGAGCUCAUUCAGUACUGACUCCUCAAUGGGACAAGAGGAAUCUGGACAAAUGACUAAAUGUCAGAUUGCCAUCGCACAGAUUCGCAAGGGCCUGCAGUCUGUGAAAAGCAGAAUUUUGGAUCAUUGUGGCAAAACGAUGAAACGAAGCCUCAAAACAACAGCCAAGAAGAAGACUUCGGUGAAAAUUUCUGCCAAAGACAUAGAGGAAAAUAACUAUGCCAUGAGAGAUGUCAGAAAGGACAUGGACAACAAUCGCUUUGACAUUGGGCAUUACAAUACUGAAGAAGGAUCCUCAAUAACAAGGAAAUACGAAGAAUUUUUAACUAGUCCUAGUACCUGUGUUCCUAUUGCAGUAGCAGAGAUUUACACUGAUGAAGGUGAUGAUGAGCACAGCGGAGGCAGAUUAAGACAUAGAGAGCAGUGCCAGAGUUUAAGCGGCUUCAGUCAGAUUUCUGGGACUUCUGAAACUAUAAGUGGCUUUUCAGAAACACAUCAAAAGAAAGAGCAAAAAGAGAAGUGUGAUGUCAGUAGCUAUUCUGAAACCAGCAGUGUGGAUCCAGUUGUUCUUCUGGAGUUGUUUUCCCAGCCUAAAAAGACACACCUACCUAAGGAUUGUUUUGCAAAAAGUUGUGUGCAAUGUUUCCCAUGUUGUGUAGUGGAUAUCACUAAAUUUCCAGGCAGAACGUGGUGGAAAUUUAGAAAAACCUGCUACAGAAUUGUUAAACAUAGCUGGUUUGAAAAUUUUAUAAUUUUUAUGAUAAUAUUGAGCAGCGUGGCACUGGCAUUUGAAGAUAUUCACCUGCAGGAGAGAAAAAAUGUGAAAAUACUCCUAGAGUAUGCUGAUAAAAUAUUUACCUACGUCUUUUUUCUGGAGAUGCUUCUGAAAUGGGUAGCUUAUGGUUUGCACAGUUAUUUCACAAAUGCCUGGUGUUGGCUUGACUUCAUCAUUGUAUGUGUAAACACAUCACCUUGUUCCUCUGGGAGUGCCCUGAAGUCGCUCAGAACUCUUAGAGCAUUGAGGCCUCUACGAGCUUUGUCAAGAUUUGAAGGGAUAAAGGUUGUUGUGAAUGCACUCUUGGGAGCUAUCCCCUCAAUCGUGAACGUUUUGCUCGUCUGUAUUGUCUUCUGGCUCCUAUUUAACAUUGCAGGAGUAAAAUUAGUUGGAAAAAAAUUUUGGAAAUGCACACUCGAGACAGGAAGUAUCGAACAUAUUGAGAACAAAAGUAGUUGUAUUGUCUAUAAUGGAACAUGGACAAAUAGUGAUGUAAACUUUGAUAAUGUUGGGAUGGGAUACUUGGCUCUUCUGCAAGUGGCAACUUUUAAAGGUUGGAUGGAAAUCAUGUAUGCAGCAGUGGAUUCACGUGGGAGAGAUCAACAGCCAAAGUUUGAAGCAUUCUUAGCCAUGUAUAUGUAUUUUGUAAUUUUCAUUAUUUUUGGAUCUUUCUUCAUGCUGAACCUUUUCAUUGGAGUGGUUAUCAGCAAUUUUAACCAACAAAGGAAAAAGAUAAGUGGAAAAGAUCUAUUUUUGACUGAGGAACAGAAAAAGUACUAUAAUGCCCUAAAAAAACUUGAAUCCAAGAAACCUCAAAAACCCAUCCCAAGACCAUUGAACAUGUUCCAAGGAUUACUGUUUGAUAUAGUAUCGCACAAAGCAUUUGACAUCGUCGUCGUGACAUUCAUCUGUCUAAACAUGGUCGUUAUGAUGGCAGAAAAUGACCAGAGUAGCACCAAGAGUGUUCUUAAUAAAAUAAACUAUUUUUUUGUGGCGGUAUUUACUGGGGAGUGUGUCAUAAAAAUACUGGCCCUAAGACAUUACUUCUUCACCAGUGGCUGGAACAUGUUUGAUUUAGCGGUUGUGGUCUUUUCCCUAAUUAGUAUCGGACUUUCCGAAGGCUUGAAAACUUUGUUCCCUCCUGCACUUCUGAGAAUUUUCCGUUUGACACGAAUUGGCCGAAUCCUGAGAUUAAUUCGAAAAGCUAGAGGAAUUCGAACUCUUCUUUUUGCGUUACUGAUGUCUCUUCCUGCACUGUUCAACAUCGGCCUUUUGCUUUUUCUAGUUAUGUUCAUUUAUGCCAUUGUGGGCAUGACAAACUUUGCCUGUCUUAGCUGGGAAGGUGGGAUUAAUAACCUUUUCAACUUUCAAACCUUUGGUAGUAGCAUGCUCUGUCUCUUCCAAAUUACAACAUCAGCUGGCUGGGAUAGUCUUUUGGUCCCUAUAUUAAAAGGAUCUAAUUCGUGUGCUCCCAACUUAAAUUUAACAGAUAGCCAGAGAAAAAAUUGCACAAAUAGGGAGGUUGGUAUAUUUUUUUUUGUAAGCUAUGUCAUUAUAUCAUUUCUCAUCGUUGUAAAUAUGUACAUAGCCGUCAUUUUAGAGAACUUCAAUGUUGCCACUGAAGAAAGCACGCAUCCUCUUUGUGAGGAUGACUUUGAUAUGUUUUAUGAGACCUGGGGAAUUUUUGAUCCUCAGGCAACACAGUUUAUUGAAUAUUCUGCUCUUUCAGACUUUGCAGAUGCUCUGGCAGAACCCUUACGUAUUCCAAAGCCUAAUAAAAUCCAGCUCAUAUCGAUGGACCUCCCUAUAGUUAGUGGAGAUAAGAUCCACUGCUUGGAUAUCUUGCUUGCUUUCACUAAAAGGGUCUUAGGAGAAUCUGGGGAUUUGGGUGGUCUUGAAUUACACAUGGAAGAAAAAUUUAUGGCUGCCAAUCCAUCUAAAGAUUCUUGCAAGCCAAUUACUACUACCCUUAAAAGAAAACAAGAGGAGGUAUCGGCUCUGAUUAUUCAAAGGGCCUUCAGGAAGUAUUUGAAGCAGCGCUCUUUUAAAAAUAAAUCUUUCUUGUGCCAUCGUGAACAUUAUAACAGUGCUGUCUUUGAAGAAGAAACACAUGAGAAGGAAAGGCUUAUUGCAUCAAAGCUUGAUGAAAAUACUGGUAGGAAGCUAGAUAAAUCACAGACUACAUCUUCCAUAUCUCUCCCGUUAUUUUAUGAGGGUAUUGCUGAAACAGACAGCGAUAACGUGGACACAUAA